AUGAAGACAGAACAGCAAAUCAUUCUUUUCCUUUGUUUGUUACAAGGUGUUUGGUGUGAAGAUUGGCCCAUCAGUCUGCCAGAGAAGAUUGAAGCGUUGAGUGGAUCUUGUGUGACCAUAAACUGCACAUUUACUAUUGAUAACAAAUUUGAAACAGAUCUCACUGACAGUGCUACAGGACUGUGGUUUAAAGAUGGGCAUCAAGACAACAAUAUUGUGUUUAAGUCCAGCAACUCCAAACUCUCUUUUAAAGGGGAAAUAACUGGAAAAUUAAAAGACAAGGACUGUACUACCAUCUUUUAUAAUGUUACUUCAAAUCACAAAGGCAGAUUUAACUUCAGGAUUGAGGGUAAUGGUGGACUGAAAUAUAUCUAUAAACAAAAGUCUGUUGAAUUAGCUGUGAUCGAUUCUCCUCCCAAUCCCACAGUGCAGAUGUUUAAGGAUCAGAUGAAGGAUGAGGUUCAGGAGGAGGUGUUAGAGGGGAGCUCUGUGUGUCUGCGCUGCUCUGCUAAGACUCUCUGCUCCUCUUCUCCACCAACUCUCACAUGGAGCUCCACUGACAGACUCCACCUCAAUGAGAGCAGCAGACUACAGCUGGAUCAACAGAAUCAAACUGAGAUCAUCUCUGAUCUGAACUUAUAUGCUACUCACCUUCAACAUGGAGUCACUUUCAUCUGCACUAUAACCUACCAGCUACAGCAGAGGAUCACAACAGCACAGAGCAAAAUCACAUUACGUGUUCAGUAUGCAACCAAAAUCUCUCUUUUCAGCUGUAACAGAACUGAUGUAACUGUUUGUUUGUGUGAGGCUCAUGGGAAUCCCUCUCCUAAAGUAAAGUGGCAUCUGUCUGGACGUCCUCUCAGUAACUCUACAAACACAUCCAUCAGUGAGGAGCGAUUGAGCAGCACAGACUUGAGGAGCUUCAUUUCUCUCCAUCAGUCACUUACAAACACAGACACUCUGCAGUGUGUCAUCAUCAACACUCACAGCACCGCCAGUCAUCAGAUUCAAAUGCUUCACUAUUUUCAUGAGACAAGUAUCAGUGUUUCCUCUGUGCUGAUGGGAGCUGCUAUUGGAGCUUCAGUAAUGAUGAUCUUGUGGGUCAUUAAGCAUCUCUAUAAACGAAAUAGAAACAGCAGAUCCUCAAAGACAGGACAAGAAGAUACCACUGAACUUAAGCUCACUGACAGGGAGAAUAAAGAACCUGUUUAUGCCAAUAAAGCUCUCUUGUCACCUGAUGAAGAAACUUCAGUGAAUUGCCCAGAAUCUCUUCAUUAUUCCUCCAUUGACUUCACAAACACCCAAACAGAGUCAGAAGAGAUCAGGGGCGUCUCCUCACUUACUGAUGUCUAUGCUUCUGUCCAACAAGACCCUAACCCGCCGCCCAACAGCAAAAUCUCAACAGUGGAGAUGGCAGACAGUAAAGCAAGUGAUCCAGAAUUGAAUAUCAGUACAGACACUGAACAAGAUCACUCAAAGAAAACAGAUUUGCAGUCAGAUGACGUUUCUGAUAUUUAUGCUCAAGUAAAACGUGCCACCCAAAAAAUUAAAAAAUAAGCCACUUUUUAAAAUUUGGAAUUUUGUGCCAUGAUACAUUUUAAAGAGUCUCCAUUCAAAGAGACUUUUAAAUGUUUUAAAUGUUUCAUGUUUUAUUAUGUUUGUCCUUAAGUGCAGAAAUU